GAGAGGUAUUUAUAGACUACUUACAUAAAUUGGCAUUGAAAGUCACAAAUUAGAAGGCAGCAACUCCUGGCUUCCCACUCCUCUCUCAACAUUGAGUGUUGUGUAUAUUAAUUCACACUGGUGCAGCAUUCAAAUCCUUCCACCUAUCUAACUUCUACUCUUAAAAACUCAAGAAAGUCAAGCAUAAAUGUUUAUAGAAUUCAGCAUCAUCAUUGCAAACUUCAAGGCAAUGUCAAACAAAUCUUGUACCAUGCUCUUCUAUAUACAUAACCAAAAUGCAUACAGGAUUAUGAUGAAAGAAAAAUCAGAAGUGAAAUGAAGCUUACAACAGUAAUCGCAUCAGUUUUAGCUCUGCUGUUGAUCUCCCAAGUACUUGUAGAAGCAGGUACUGAACAUAAGCAAAAUCAUCAACAUGUAAGAAAAGGAUGGAAGGAUGAAGAAAAGAGAACUAGAAGCAGAAGCAAUGGAAGAAAAAGAAGAAGAUCUGAUUGUGAUCCAUUUUACCAAUACUUAUUUGGAACCUGUGGCCAGUGGCCUUUUCCAAUCUCCCCUUCAGAUAACCCAUUUUGGGCACCCUCAAGACCUCCUCUGCCUCCUUUAGUUUUUUCUCCUCCUCCAGUUUAUCAGCCAGCUCCCUUAGUUCCUUCUCCCCCUCCCCUUCUUGCAUCGCCACCACCGCCCUUGACUUCACCUCAAAAUCCAUCUCCCCCAACACCCCUGGUUCCUUCACCGCCACCACCACUGCAAUCUACUCCGACUCCUUCAGAAAUGGUUCCACCUCCUUUGGUGCCUUCACCACCACCAUUAUCAUUUACUCCAACACCUUCAACUUGGUUUCCACCACCUCUAGUUUCUUCACCACCACCACUAUUAUCUACUCCGACACCUUUAGUAACGUUCUCACCGCCUAUGCCACAAUUUUUACUACCUCCACCAGUGCCUGAUCUGCCACCUCCUAUUGAAUUCACACCAGAUCAACCACCGUUCAUCCCUAUAUUUCCUCCACCACUAGUAUCAAUCCCAACUGACCCACCGCCUUUCACAAUUCCACAGCCUCCCAGAACCUUUUUUCCGCCUCCCCUGGUUCCUGAAGUUCCAGAUAUUCCACAGGAUCCAUUGCCCUUUGUGUCUGCACCACCAGCACCGGAUACUGGUUUUAAUGAGCCAUUGAUGCCGCUGCCACCUGAACCACACUUCACGGCUCCAUGAUUCCAUUGCCAAGGAACUGAAUCGUUCGUUUUGAAAUGCAGCAACUAGUGGCCAAGCCGUUAACCAUGUUGACCAUAAGAGUUUUUUACUAUUUUCAGUGUUCUGUCCUGUUUGACUUUGAGCGUUUGUACCCUGGAUGAUUACAUUAAAGAUGCCAGUCUAUAAAGCAUAAAACUUCUACAAUCUUCAACUUUCCAAACUAGAAAAAAGUUAGCCUUGCUCUAAUAAAAAACUUCAAUAUUUCUAUAUUCUUAGAUGGUGUAGGCUAAUGGGGACUUGGGGAGUGGUAGGAAGUUUGAUAGAAGAGUCGUGAUUAAACUUAUCUUUUCUAGCAAUAAUCACAGAUUGCUUCAUAUUGUCUAUGUUGAAUAUGGAAAGUCUUCUCCUUUCCCCA